AUGGAAGAAGAAAGUGUCACAUUGUUGCUACAGCAGCUCCAGGAGCUCCGUACGGAGAUGCGGACUCAGAAACAACAGCUCCCAAGAAGAGGAAUAACAGCUUACGGGCGGAACUACAGCUAUCCCCGUCCUCGUCACCCGGAUGUCGAACCCUUUACUGGAGAAGACCCUAAGGACUACCCUCCUUUCCAGAUGAACCUUCAUACAAAGUUUGCAAUCGACGCCGCCUGCUACCCUACAGAGGAGGAACAAGUUUACUAUGCCUACAGCCGCCUGAGAGGAAAAGCCAGCCAGCGUGUGCUACCAUGGCUCUUGGCUCGCCAGAAAUCUGAGACUCCUGUGCUAUGGGCAGAAUUCUCCGCGGUACUAGACAAGGCCUUCAGUGACCCUGACCGACAGAGAAAGGCUCUUGUACAAGUGAAUACAAUAAAGCAAGGGAGAUGUGACUUUGAAGAGUUCUUGAAUGAAUUUGACAAAGAACUUCUUAAUGCUGGAGGGAUUAAUUGGGAUGAUAACCAGAAGAAGGCCUUGUUGGACACAGCAAUUAAUGUUGAGUUGCUAAAAGCCAUGGUUGGUAUUAGGCAGGAGGAUUCGUACGACAACUACUACAAUCAACUGCGCGAAAUCAACCACAACCUCCAGAGAGUGGCCAGGCUUACAUGA